GGAGGGGAACCGAGGCCUCAGUAAAGGGGAAGGAAAGGACAGUGCCGUUGUUCCCAGCUUCUCUGACCGACAUGGCUUUGCCUCUGAGGUCCCUGAGUCGGGGCUUGGCCAGUGCGGCCAAGGGAGAACACGGAGGGACAGGAGGCCGCACCUGGCGCCUCCUGACCUUCGGGCUGGCGCUCCCAAGCGUGGCCCUCUGCACCCUCAACUCCUGGCUCCACUCGGGCCACCAAAAGCGCCCAGAGUUCAUCCCCUACCAUCACCUCCGGAUCCGCACGAAGCCCUUCGCCUGGGGAGACGGCAACCACACUUUUUUCCACAAUCCUCGGACGAACCCACUGCCCACGGGCUACGAAAAGCCUUGAGGCCUUGGCGGAUGCCCCCAGAUACAAUAAAAGUGUGGAA